UAAUAUCUUCAAAUACCAUAAAAAGGCAUUAUCGAAGAAUAGGUUAGAAUAAGUUUAAAAUUGUUGUAAGCUUGGGUUGAGUCGGGGAGCUGGUUAUUGUUAUCAAUUUUUCUUAUUUAAGUUUUAUUUUUCUUUGAUCUCAUUUGGAAAAAAGUGCACAAUCUCUGUUGACAUUUCCGUUAAACACUAUCGACGAAGUAGCAUCCAUAUAUGACUGCUUACUUUGGAUGUUACGGUUACAGUAAGUCUGAGAUAUUUCCAGUCUUUUGAACUCACCGAUCAGUAACCACCGGUCAUGUGGCGUCCUAUCAAUCCCUUAGUAUUGUACAACUAAUGGUUGAUUAUAUUGAAAGCGAAUACUUUGAGUAUGUCUUGUUUAUUUAUUUAUGCCUUAGGGGCUGAUGAAAUGGGAGUUUAAAGGCACAUACAAUGCAGAUGUUUUAAAAAUUAAAAAGUAGAUAGAUAGACGUGAAGCGACGCUACCCAAUCAAGUAGUAGGUUAUCUAUAACCAUUGUAUUCCGUAGAUAUUUGUUCACAUUAUUUAUGACUAUGACUAUUGGGUCACUGAUACAAUAUUUCACAAAUAACAGAAUAUAAUGGCGAAUAGAACUUGGUGCAAUCAUUUACUUAAUACUUUAGGAGAAUAAUAAUUUCCGUUUAAUUGUAUUAACUAGAAGUAAUGCUAUGUAGUGCUUUUAAAAUAAUAUUACUGUCAGUUGCUUGGUUUUUUAGCCCUAAACAUUAUACAGUUGAAUUAUUUGAUACUCGACAUGUAAAGGAGUUAAGAAAGAUACUUCCAUUUUUGUUUCCAGUAUGGAUGGUGAUAAUAUUGAUGAUGAUGAUGCACCAGUAGAAACAUCAUUCAAACAAUUUAAAAAGAAGACGUUAUACCUGUCAGAAAAUCUCAAAAGUGUGUAUCAGGAUGGCAUUCAAUCUCUGAAAAGUAAACAGAAACGAAGGAAUGAUCCAAGAUUUGAUCCUAGAGUUAAUGGUAUUUGUUAUCUUAAUGAUUGGGAAUUUUUGGAAGAUGAAAGAAAACAAACACUAACAAAGCUUAGAAAAAUGCUACGUGAAAGUGUGGAUGAUAAUGAACGCAAAGAGAUAAUGGAGGCAUUACGUUUAGUGAAGCAGCGUAUAGCAACAGAAAAAGACAGAAAGUUUCGUAAAGACUUUAUGGAUAAAAUUCAGAAAGAACAAAUUGAAAAUUUGGAGGCUGGGAAAUCUGUGCGUUUUAUUCCUCGAGCUGAACUUCGUGAACGCGUGAAGAAAGAACGCCUAGAACGAAUGAGUAAACGUCAAAGAGAGCGGUAUUUAAAUAGAAAAAAGAGAAGAUUUAAUUCCAGUAAUACGUAGAUGUGACUGAAUUCGCAACACAUUAAUUUGUAAAAUAACGAAUUUUUUUGUACUGUUUUCUGUAUGAUUUGAGAGAAAAAGUUAUUGUGUUCUGUUAAAUUUGUACUUUCUUGAUCCUUUUGGUUCACCUUUGUAUUGCUGUAUAUAAUACACUGAGUAUUUUCCACAAA